AUGGAAAGCACAACUUUGAUGAUGAAAGAAGAAGAAGACAAAGACGAAGAGGAUAGUCUGUUGUUGUCGCCACCGACGACGCAAACUCAACAACUGCUGGCGUUGAAAGGCGGCGCGAAACAUUCCAGAGGCAACGUUCCUUGUUCGCACGGUGAACACUUUUCUUGCCAUCUCCCAGACAUCGAAGAUGUGACGUUAAAGAACGAGUGGGACGAGACGGAAACGAGCGUAGACUUCUCUCCGAAGAAUUGGGGUUGGAUUCAUUCCAUCGACAGCAUGACGAGCGUGGACGGACCAGGGCUGAGAGCGAUGAUUUUUUUCCAAGGGUGUCAAAAGAGAUGCGCGUUUUGUUGCAACCCAGAUUCGUUGGAGGAAAACGUUGGAAAGAAGAUGGCAACAGAAGAAGUUUUCUCUGCUUUGGAAACGAAAAUGACGUACUAUCGAAAAUCAGGAGGCGGAAUCACCAUGUCAGGAGGGGAAUGCAUGUUACAGUAUCGUUUUGUAGUAGCGUUGGCGCGAGAAGCGCGCGCGAGAGGUUUGACUUCCAUCAUCGAUACGGCCGCCGCCGGAAACGAUAUGAUUUGGGACUUUGUCUUGCCGCACAUCGACAUGGUGCUCUUGUGUUGUAAAAGUUCUCACCCCGUUCGAUACGGAAAGAUAACAGGACGUCCAGAAAACUUCGGCGUCAUGCUCGCGUUUUUGGCGAAACUGGAAGAAUAUAAAGUGCCCACUUGGUUGAGAUUUGUCUUGAUGUCUUCUGAUGACGAAAAAUUUCAAGAUAUCGUUACCGACGGCGAAGAAGAGUUACUCGGCGUGGCUGCUCUCGCAAAGAUGCACAAAAGGUGCGUCAAAGGAGUCGAGAUCUUACCGUACCAUAACUUUGGCGCGUUCAAGUACAAAGAGAUGAAUAUAGCUUAUAAGUUGGAGCAGAUGAAACCGCCAUCUGAUGAGGUCAUCAGACGCGCGAAAAGAGUCAUCGAAGGCGAAGGCGUAAAGGUCCUCUUGUGA